GAGAGAGCGCGGAGAGGCGCGCGAACCCCAGCGCCGUCCCCUAGCGCGAGCCGGGGACCCGCAGCUCCCAGCCCCCACGCGGCCGCCGCCCUCUGUUCGAUCGAUCGCUCGCGACCAGAAGCCGCGGGCCUGACAAGCGCCGGCAAGUUUGCUGCCGCCGGGGGCGCGGCUCCUCCGGUGUGUGUAUGUGUGUGUGUGCGCUACGAGUGUGCCUGUCACCGGCGGCCUCCUGGGGGCAGCAGCGGAAAGGAGGACAAGGAGAAAGAGGCAGUCUCGGCGCACCGUGGCCAAGGAGGCAGAGGCCCCUCGCGGCGCCGGCUCUGGGGACCUCAACUCCGCCCGGGCUGCGCCCAGGACGCAUUGUAACCGCGCAGCGGCCGCCCUCCCGGACUCGCUGCAGGAGGCGCUUCCCUGUGCCCGCUGAGCGCUAGCCACCGGCGGUGAAGGCUGCUGCAUCCCGAGCCCGGGGGAGACUUCCGAGCCCCGGUGCCGGCGCCUGGAGCAGGAAGGGAGGGUCGGGCGGCCGCCCUCCCCCCCGCGGGCCCAGACCCCACGCCCGGUGCGGGUGUCUGACAAUGGUGCGGAGCGCCGGCGCGAAUCCCGCGUCCGCCCAGCGAUCCUAGAGGAAGUGGCCGAGCUCCGGGUGGGUGGGGUGCGGUGGGGUGGACAGGGAGACGCCCCCCGCCGCUCGCUCGCAGGAGUUUGCAGCGAGCCGGGCCUCGCCGGCCCUGAACCCGCCGCGUCCCCGGCGAAUCACCGACGGCAGCUGGAUCUGGAGAGCAUGGUGCCAGCUCCCGGGUUAAUCUAGUGCUCGGCUCGCUCCUCUUCUCUUCCUCUUCGUCCUCCUCUCCCUCCUUACCUCCUCCGGGUCGGUGCCGCCUUAGGAUUCCCAGCUUGUGGAAGUACAACUCUCCCCACCCCUCACCCUCAGCUCGGAAACCUGGUUUGUAACCACUGAACAGAACUUGUCCAUUGAAAGCAAGCCCGGAACAGCUGGAUAAUGUCCACUCCGAGCAGAUUCAAAAAGGACAAAGAGAUCAUAGCCGAGUAUGAAAGUCAAGUCAAAGAAAUUCGAGCUCAACUAGUAGAACAGCAGAAAUGCCUGGAGCAGCAAACAGAGAUGCGAGUUCAACUUCUCCAGGACCUUCAAGAUUUCUUCCGGAAAAAAGCUGAAAUUGAGACUGAAUAUUCUCGGAACUUAGAGAAAUUAGCCGAAAGGUUCAUGGCAAAAACAAGAAGCACUAAGGAUCAUCAGCAGUACAAAAAAGACCAGAACUUGUUGUCUCCAGUGAAUUGUUGGUAUUUACUUCUGAACCAAGUAAGGAGAGAAAGCAAAGACCAUGCAACAUUGAGUGACAUCUAUCUGAACAAUGUGAUCAUGCGGUUCAUGCAGAUAAGUGAGGAUUCCACAAGAAUGUUUAAAAAGAGCAAAGAGAUUGCAUUCCAGCUUCAUGAGGACUUAAUGAAGGUUCUUAAUGAGCUUUAUACGGUGAUGAAAACAUACCAUAUGUACCACGCAGAGAGCAUUAGUGCAGAGAGCAAGUUGAAAGAGGCUGAGAAACAAGAAGAAAAGCAAAUUGGAAGAUCUGGUGAUACGGUCUUUCAUAUUAUACUAGAAGAGAGACAUCAGCGACGAAGCUCUGUAAAGAAAAUUGAAAAAAUGAAAGAAAAGAGACAAGCAAAGUAUUCGGAAAAUAAGCUAAAAUCAAUCAAGGCACGGAAUGAAUAUCUCCUAACCCUGGAAGCCACUAAUGCCUCAGUUUUCAAAUAUUAUAUUCAUGAUCUUUCAGAUUUAAUUGAUUGCUGUGAUCUUGGCUACCACGCAAGUCUGAACAGAGCCCUAAGAACUUAUCUUUCUGCGGAGUAUAACCUUGAAACUUCCAGGCACGAAGGCUUAGACAUUAUUGAAAAUGCAGUUGACAAUUUGGAGCCCAGAAGUGAUAAGCAGAGAUUCAUGGAGAUGUACCCUGCUGCGUUCUGUCCACCAAUGAAGUUUGAGUUUCAGUCUCACAUGGGUGAUGAGGUGUGUCAGGUCAGCGCUCAGCAGCCUGUCCAGGCAGAGCUCAUGCUCAGGUACCAGCAGCUGCAGUCUCGACUGACCACACUCAAAAUCGAGAAUGAGGAGGUUAAGAAAACAACUGAAGCCACCCUGCAAACAAUACAAGAUAUGGUAACCAUUGAGGAUUAUGAUGUUUCUGAAUGCUUCCAACAUAGUCGCUCCACAGAGUCUGUGAAGUCUACUGUUUCUGAAACCUACCUGAGUAAACCCAGCAUCGCAAAACGAAGAGCAAACCAGCAGGAGACUGAGCAGUUCUACUUCAUGAAACUCAGAGAAUAUUUGGAAGGUAGUAAUCUCAUCACAAAACUACAAGCCAAACAUGAUUUGUUGCAACGGACCCUUGGAGAAGGUCAUAGAGCUGAAUAUAUGACUACAAGGCCUCCAAAUGUUCCCCCUAAGCCCCAGAAACACAGGAAGUCCAGACCCCGCUCACAGUAUAAUGCUAAAUUGUUUAAUGGGGAUUUGGAAACAUUCGUCAAGGACUCAGGGCAGAUUAUCCCCCUCAUUGUGGAAAGCUGUAUUCGGUUCAUCAAUCUCUAUGGUCUUCAGCAUCAGGGAAUUUUCAGAGUGUCUGGCUCCCAGGUGGAAGUCAACGAUAUUAAAAAUUCAUUUGAGAGAGGAGAGAAUCCUUUGGCUGAUGACCAGAGUAACCAUGAUAUUAACUCAGUUGCUGGCGUUCUGAAGCUCUACUUCCGUGGGCUGGAAAAUCCCCUCUUUCCUAAGGAAAGAUUUAAUGAUCUGAUUUCUUGUAUCAGAAUAGAUAAUCUCUAUGAGAGGGCGCUUCACAUCCGCAAACUCCUCCUGACCUUGCCCAGAUCAGUCCUUAUUGUGAUGAGGUACCUCUUUGCCUUCCUCAAUCAUCUUUCACAAUACAGUGAUGAGAACAUGAUGGACCCUUAUAAUCUGGCCAUUUGUUUUGGCCCAACACUGAUGCCUAUCCCAGAUAUACAGGAUCAGGUGUCUUGCCAGGCCCAUGUGAAUGAAAUUGUCAAAACCAUCAUCAUUCAUCACGAGACUAUUUUCCCAGAUGCUAAAGAGCUGGAUGGCCCUGUUUAUGAGAAGUGUAUGGCUGGAGAUGACUACUGUGACAGCCCCUACAGUGAGCAUGGUACUCUGGAGGAAGUGGACCAGGAUGCUGGAACAGAACCCCAUACCAGUGAGGAUGAAUGUGAGCCAAUAGAAGCCAUAGCCAAGUUUGACUAUGUUGGGCGGUCUGCCAGAGAACUGUCCUUCAAGAAGGGUGCCUCCUUGCUGCUGUAUCACCGUGCCUCUGAUGACUGGUGGGAAGGGAGGCACAAUGGAAUCGAUGGGCUUGUGCCUCACCAGUACAUAGUGGUGCAGGAUAUGGAUGAUACAUUUUCAGACACCCUGAGCCAAAAAGCUGACAGUGAAGCCAGCAGUGGGCCAGUCACUGAAGACAAGUCUUCAUCCAAGGACAUGAACUCCCCAACUGACCGUCAUUCUGAUAGCUAUUUAGCCAGACAAAGAAAAAGAGGAGAGCCACCCCCUCCUGUAAGGCGUCCUGGCAGGACCAGUGAUGGCCAUUGCCCCCUUCACCCUCCACAUGCUCUCUCCAACUCCUCAAUUGACCUGGGGUCCCCAAACCUGUCCAGUCACCCCCGGGGCCUGCUGCAGAACCGUGGCCUCAAUAAUGAUAGUCCUGAGAGGCGGCGCCGGCCAGGCCAUGGCAGCCUGAGUAACAUCAGCCGACACGACUCCCUCAAGAAGAUCGAUAGCCCUCCUAUUCGAAGGUCCACGUCAUCGGGGCAGUAUACAAGCUUCAAUGACCACAAGCCACUGGAUCCAGAGACAAUUGCUCAGUCAGAGACAGAGGAAAAAAAGAAAAAACACAGCACCAAAACUUCACUCAAUGUGGUAAGGGCUGAGCUCAAAUCUGGGUCACACAUGGCAAAGCAGCACACUAUACAAGAUAUUGAAGAAACGAUGAACACUGCUUUGAAUGAACUCCGAGAACUGGAGAGACAGAGUACAGCAAAGCAUGCCCCUGAUGUGGUGCUGGAUACCUUGGAGCAAGUGAAAAAUUCUCCUGCCCCAGCCACCUCCAUGGAAUCACUCAGCCCCUUGCACAGUGUUGCCCUCAGGAGCUCAGAGCCUCAGAUUCGACGCAGCACUAGCUCCUCCAGCGACACAAUGAGUACUUUCAAGCCGAUGGUGGCACCCAGAAUGGGAGUGCAGUUAAAGCCCCCAGCCCUUCGGCCUAAACCUGCUGUUCUUCCAAAAACAAACCCUACCAUAGGACCUGCCCCACCAUCCCAAGGUCCAACAGACAAGUCUUGCACAAUGUAAAAACCAACUGAGCAAGGCCAUCCGAGGAGAUGAUUUAAAAAAAAAAAAAAGGAUUAAUGACAACAGUCAGUCAGUAAUCCAUAAAUUUCCUUAUUAUUGUACUUAUAAUAACUGGAGAUCUUUUGGCUUUUCUAUGUUUUUGAAUGUAAUGUCUGAGACUAGUUAAAUUAACAUGGGCAUUUGUAUUUUGUAAUUUCUUUUUUUAAUAACUGGACAUAAGUCAUUUUAAAGAGAAUAGAAACAUGUAGACUUACUUGAAAAAUCCAAUGCUGCACCAUUUGUAAAGAAAGCCACACCAAUUCUGCUCUCUACGUUGUGCACAGUGCUUCAGACUUUGUGUAGCCCAGGGGAGUUAGAAAUGUCUGGGUCAGAGCACAAGAAUGUGAGUUUCAGAUCUAGUUGAAAUAUAGUCGGCAUGUGGUCCUCGGGGUAACGGCUGAAAGGUGGUAACAGCACUGCUUGGUAGUUGACAGUGAACACCUCUGAUUGCAUGCAGAGGACAGGGUCCAGUUCAUAUUAAAGGCCUGCAGAUGCAACAGAGAGACCUUCAUCCCCUAACCUGAAUGAGUUAAGUGACUGCCUCUUUCAUGACAGUUGUUCCUCUGGGUCCAGGUUAAAGAUUCAGUAGAAGAGUGCAGAGCCUCUGCAGUUACUGCUUCAGCUGAAUGUGGGAAAGAAGGUCCUCCAAUGCUACCCAUGUGACUCCUCCCACAAGCCUGAUCAGGCCUUAGAAGAUUCCCAAGUUCACCCCCUGCAUUCACAAAAGACUAGGAUGGUCUAAUUUUAAAGACUGUCUGGUCACACUACUCUACAAUCUCCUUCAGAUCUACUAUUUAAAACCACACAGAGAAUGUUUCUAACUCCCCAAAGUCCCUGUCUUCUCCUCUGUGGAAAUGGAGAGAGCAAGCAGCAUGCCAGGCCUUGGUUCACUCGACCUUGUCUUCUAAAUGACUUUCAUGCCUCUGGACAUGUUACAGAGGUUUGAUGGCCUUGAAUUGAAUCCCCAGAUCUUCUCUCUGUCUCUGUGAGCCAACCUAGAACUAGCAAUGGUACUGGAGUAAGAACUGUUCCUGGCCAAGGUGGGAGGAUUUCCUCUUCAUUCCAGGAGGAUGUCCUCCCAAUUUUGCACCCUGAAACUAUGAUUUAUUCCCUUUCUUUCUUUCUUUCUUUUUCUUUCUUUCUUUCUUUCUUUCUUUCUUUCUUUCUUUCUUUCUUUCUUUCUUUCUUUCUUUCUUUCUUUGUUUCAUGUGAUCUCAACAUAAUUCACACUAACCAAGCUCCAUGAGGCUUUAGCCCAUAUUUAAAUGCUGUGUUUUCCAUCCGUCUUAAGAAGGUAGUUUUGAAUUCACUCUUUUUUCCUAAGGUGCAAAUCACCCUCUUCUAUCUGUAGGCAUAGACAUCACCUAUAAACUCACUAGCAUUGUGUUUACUCUGUCAUUGAACUUACUUGAUGGAGGAUGAAACAUUUUGUUUUUAAAAGAAUAGAUGGCCCAGAACUUUCCCCUCCAGACCACCCUUUAGUUUCCUUCUAAACUGGCACCCAGUGUGUGCUCAUUAAAGAACUUCACACUGGGGGCUUCAUCACCCCAUUUGGUGUACAUAUCUUGGAGGAAAGAGUGAGGAUCUGUACUAAAACCCAAGAUCAAUACUUUGAUCUCUACCUCAGUUUGACAGUCUAACCAUUCUGUUGCAAAGAGAGGUUAAAUGAAUGAAAUAUUGUUACCUUCCAAAGUCACACUGCUUGCUCUGUGGUUUGCUCACUGGCUAUUAGAUUGUUGAAAAAGUCAUGAUGCUCUUUUACAUAGAAAAACACAUCAUGACUUUUCUAACAACCCAGUAAUUAUUCAAGUGGAUUUAAUAAGGAAGUUUCAAAUGUCUGCAGGUAUAGAAAACCUUUGUAUUUACAGAAAAUCCUUUUGAGAGAGAGGUUCAGUGCAAUGUCUUAACCAAUCCCUUACCGUUUCUCUAGAACUUUAGCGGUCCUUUCACACUUUGAGGUACCAUUGGACUGUCAGAAUUUAGCAAUUAACAGCACUAAAACUUUUUAAAUAACUUUUCCCAGUUCCUAAACUCUCCUGAAUAGUCUCCAUAAGUUCAGCAGUAGAACAUAAGACUUGCAUGCAUUAGGCCCUGGGUCCCAUCCCUGGCAGCACAUCUGUCAGGGCAGUGCUCUGGCCUCCCAGCACCUCCUAUCAUGAAAUAAAUACUCUUUAAAGAAGUAAUAAUGCCUCCAGAUUCCACUUUGGUUUCUAAUUUUCCAACACUGGGUUAGGAAACAAACAAACAAAAUGAUGCUAAAGAUACAAUAAAAAGGAGUAAAAAAUGGCCAACUUUAGAAAUUAAAAUUUUAAAUGAUGCUUAAAACUAUUUUCCAAUAGCUUCUUUUCUAUAGUAGACAGAGUAUAGGAAAGAAAAAAGGAAAGAGUUGUAAAACAUUAAUCCCUCAAUAAAGAAAUUAAAAAAAAAGAAAAAGAGUAUCAUUAGUUGACAGAGGGUCACAAAGAUGGAUGUGUUUUGAAUUUAUUGAUUGAUUUUGGAGGGUGGGUCCUUUUACAAGCUUUAAAAUUAGCUCACUUCUCCCUGGUGAUCCUGCCCAGUGUCUCUCCUCUGUAGUGUUUACACCUGUGAAGUGACAGGGACUGCCUUUUCACCCACCAAAUCCGGACUCCACUGCCUUGAAUGGCAGAAGACAUGCUGCUGUAGCCCCUCAGAGCCUCGGCGGCUGUGCCUUCUUCCAGGAAACAGCUCCUAACAUUCACCCAUUACUCUCCCUCCUUAUCUGUCUCUAUCUUUUCUCCCUACACCCUUGUUCUCACCUUAAGGUUUUGUGUUUGUUUGUAUUUUGGUGUUCUUUCCAAUUCCCAGGGAAGGAUGUGACCUCAGAGUAAGGACUAAGGACUUAUCUUUUCUUAGAUUUCUUAGUAAAAGUCUUCAGAUUCCAAGAGUAACACAGAUGGCCACUUCACACAGGACCUAAAAUAGCACCUAGGAAACUCCUUAAAAGCUUCAGCAGCUGGGCAGGCAAAUGGAUGGUGUGCUUCUUUGCUGUGUGCAUGACCCAGGCUUGCAGGAAGCUUCAGUGCAGAGGUCUCUUUCUCUUUCUGCCUCUGUCUAAAAUAAAAUAAAGUUUCAGCAGCUGAAGUAUCAUCUGGCACAUGACCUUCUUUAUAGCCACAGCAUAGAGUGAGGAGGUGGGAAGGCACAACACGCAGCAAGAGAAGAAAGAAAAUGAAUCUUCCAGAUAUCAUGCCCUGAGUUUCAAGGUUCUAGUGUGCAGAGGUGAGUUGGGGUGGUUUUAAUGAAGGACAAAUGAUGUUUCUACAAAGAUCACCUAGCUCCACUUACACACACACACACACACACACACACACACACAAUUGUAUAUUUAUAACUUACCUAAAUGUAUGUUGAUGUCCCAUCCAUAGAACUCACUGAAGUAACUUGACCAAGUUGGCCUUUUGGUUUGGGUCUAGGGUGGUGGUAAAAGUGGACAGUUAGGACUGAGUGAAAGGUACUUAGUACACAUUUUUUGGUGAAUGUCCUGUAAAUUAUUUCAAUCUAUUAAAUGGCCCUUUAUAGAACUCGAUGGUCACAGGUUUGGUCUUGAUGCCAUCACUCAACAAUUCUGCAUGUUGUACACAAUUUAGUCUGACCUCGGUGCCCCUUGAGCCAUCAGAGAAUAAUUCACAGCAAGCCCUUCUGAUCUGCUGCAGUGAGCAAGAACAAUGGAUACAGAGCACCAAGGAUCAAACAUGUAUGUGUUUAGAAAAAAAAAAUUGUCUGUCUAUAGUUCUGCUGUUCCAAAAAUGUGUUUAUAAUUUAAGGAAAACAAAACAAACAAAGAAAAAAAAAAGGGUGAGGGUGGGGGAGUGGUCUUAGCACUUAGGAAUGACAUAAACCCUCUUGGGUCUACAUAGUGAAAAAACUUUAAAUCUGGUAAUUGUAGCCAUUGAAAUGCAGUAGUUAAGAAGUAUAUGGGUCUGUGGAGGGGCUUAGAAUACUGCAGACUGGGGGUGGCACUCCUCUAUUUCUCACCACAGUAGAGGCCAUCAACACAGGGAACAUUCUAAACUUGGGACUGAGCCUUGUUUUGACUUAGCCAUCAGAGAGGCUCUGAGCCAGGAGCAGCUUCCUAGCAAAGGCUCUACCUAUGUGUAAAUACAGUUCCUAACUGUAGACCAUCCCGAGCUGAAAACCAAACCUCCAGCUGGGCUGGGGUGUUAGACUAGGUGAAGGGCGACUUUGAUACAAUUUCAAAUCAGUAAAACAAAAAAUUAGGCUCUCACUUACCUUAAUAUACUUUCUUUUAAACAAAAUAGUUAUGUGGUAUAAUCAAGAUGGGUACUUGUAUCUUUAAAUUACGUAGGGAAUUUUGUAUGUUUAAAUAACUGUACUGGGUUCCAUAAUACUUAUCUUAGAAACUGUUUAGUAAAAGAAAAUAUAUAAACUGUGCAUUUGUGAAUGCCCCCCUUAGAGCAUUCAGCCGAGUUCAAUGUGUAGUGUGAUGGUUACUAUAGAUGUUUAAAAUAUAUUAAGUGGCUGUGUAACAGGAGAGACUGCUAUUUACCUGCGGAUUUAAGGGUAACUCCUGCCCACGUAAUUAAAUCAGUAUUGUCCUUUCCUGUCAGUUUGAUCAAUUGCAGUACUGGUAGCUUCCUGCUUGUGAUUGUUAGCUAAUUGUGUCAAUGUACAUCUGUAGUAUGUACAUGUGAAAGUGCCUUUCUAUUUUAGAGGAGUUUUAGCCUUGCUCUUGUCCUGUCUCCCCCGCCUCCCUCCACACCCCAAUUCCUACAGCCCGCCUGAAUAUAUUGAAACAUCUUCCACUACCAGCUUCUUCUCUACACUCACCUGCCUGUGCCUAGGUGCUCAGUAUUGUCUUAUCCCACGUCCUUGUCAGUCAUCAGACUGUCUCCUUUUCUUCCUUGUAGCUGUAACUGUGCCUUUCCAGCCCACUCCACAGUCUCCCCCCCCCCCCGUCAUGUUUCAGCCCACCCCUUCCUCUCACCUGAUGCUGACUGCCAUCAUGUUCACCUGUGCUCUGUACUGCCUCUUAUCAUGACAUUCCCUCAUCUUGGAGGUGAAAAUAAAAGGGGAUGCUUUUACAGUUCUGGAAGAAGAAAAACAAAGUUUUGUUAAUCUGUUGUGACAAUGCACUUUUAUGUAUAGUACUGUACAUUUUGGCAUGUACCAUUUCAGGCUUCAGUAUACAGUCAGGUCUGUUCUUCAUGGUGUAUCUUUAUAAUAAAUAAGAUAGUUCUGGCUGCC